CGUUCGCUUCCCGCACCCACAGUAAACCCCCCAACUUUGUACCGAUGCGUUGCGCGUGUGCUCCAUCUGAGCCGUUAAACUCCCUCCAUCAUGCCUUCCAGCUAUCGCUUCCUCUGCCCAAGAACCAGAGAUUCAGACCCAUAAAUUUUCUAGGUUCUUGAGCGUCUGCUCCGCUUCCUUUGCCCCAAGAACCAGAGACUCAGACCCCUCCAAAUCUUUUCACUUUGUGCUUCUCCCUCCUACCCAAACGCUCAUCUUUCUACGAGAAGCAACGUCGUUUAGAUUUCGCCACUGGCAUGAGCGGGGAACCAUCUAAGUUUAUGGAGACAACAUGUGUUAUUCAGAAACCCCAAAAGAAGCAGAAACCGAAUGGGAACCCCAAAUGCUUGGGAAACUUACCGGAUGAGGUUCUUCGACACAUCCUUUCGUUUCUUCCAACAACAGAUGCCGUUAGGACAAGCGUACUUUCUAGAAGGUGGGAGUACCUUUGGGCUUCUAUUCCCAAUCUGAAUUUUGGGAGACAGCCUGCAAAUAGAAAUCUUUUGAUGGAUUUUGUGGAGAGGGCGCUUUGUCUUCUUGAUUCAUCCGUUAUCAAACGAUUAUCUCUCUCUUGUGAUGUGCUCGGAGAUGCUUCUCGUAUUAAUACGUGGAUCUCUACUGCAGUAAGGUGGCAUAAUGUUCAGGAGUUGAAUGUUCAUCUUGAAAAAAUAGAGCGGUUUGUUCCACUUCCUUAUUGCUUAUUUAAUUGUAAGACACUCACAAGCUUGCACCUUGAUAUGAUGUAUGUCCUCAAGCUUCCCACUACAAUUUAUUUCUCAAGUCUAAAGAUUUUGAGCAUCCAAAGGGUUACAUUUCUGAAUGAGUACUUGACCCGGAAGCUUUUUUCUGGUCUGCCAGUUCUUGAGGAGCUGAAAUUAAGAAAUUGCAGCUGGGGUGAUCUCAAGUUUGUUAGUAUUUCUGCUCCCAAGCUACAUAGAUUGUUCAUAUUUGAAAACGAUACAAGAAAUAGAGAUUUUGGGAGUCCUAGUGAUUUUUGUCAGGUAACGAUUGUUGGAGAUAGCCUGAAGAAAUUUUGUUACAUCGGUAAUCUGACCGGCGAAUAUUGCUUAUGUAAGUCAUUCUCACUGAAAGAGGCAUAUAUGAAAGAGGCAUAUAUUCAUACAACCUGGGUCAGUCUUUCAGAACGAAGAGAACAAAUUGCUCUUCGCAUGAUUAAACUUCUUAUAGGGCUCUCCAACGUAGAACAACUAACCCUCAGCUCUUACACGAUUGAGGGGAUUACUGAAUGGUUUGAUUGGAUAUGGGACCCAGUGCCUCCAUGUUUCUUGUCCCAUCUCAAGUGGAUUAAAGUAAGUUAUUUAAAAGAAGAAAAUGAGGAAGAGCUUUCUGCGGUGAAGUUUUUGCUCAAGAAUGCAGUUGUCUUGGAUGAAAUAAUUAUAACUAUUACAAAGUAUUAUGAAGUAAAUUUGGAAGCGCAGUUGAAGGUUGCUAAACAGUUGUUAGCACUCCCUAGAGGAUCACAAAAUUGUAAAAUCAUUUUGGAAUGACCUUUUCUUGAGAAAGCAAUCUAGAAAAAAGCUAUUAAAUUUCUGCUAAGGUGGGAAAUUCGUGAAAACAGAGGAAUCCAUUGUGUAUAAGGUGGGAAAUUCGUGCUAGAAUUAUGGCGAAGGGUGCUGAGUCGAAUUUGGAAUCUCUCUUGAAAGCUCUUUGAUUGAAGGCUGCUGGAGUAGUCCUAAAAACAGUGGGUACUUCCAUAAUCAAAUCAAAGCUUAAGAAAAUCCUACUCCAGUCAACUUUGAUUUUAACAGCUCAAUAGGAAUACUCAAAAAAGUUUCUUGUUUACUUCUUGAUGACAUGGAUACUUUCAUAGGAGAAGCCAUGAAAACUUUCGGUCCUUGAGAAAAGUUGACUGGAGUAGGAUUUUCUUAAGCUUUGAUUUGAUUAUGGAAGUACCCACUGUAUUUAGAGAUUAAUUAUGUAGUACGUAAUUGGGUGCUUGGAUUUUGUUGGGUUGAAGUUUGAGCAUAAUUCGUGCAUUCUCUUUCAGAUUUUGGAGUGAAUAGAAAAAGGGGGAAGGACUCUGCGAGAGAGUUGUCCUUCGUUUGAGGGGGAGUCUCAGGAUGCUGCAGUUUUGAGCUUGUGAUGUAUUGGUUUUUAUUGACCUUGGACAUUUUGCUGUGUUUCUAUUGGCAAUUGAUUUGUUGGGCUAUGUUGAUUCACGUAGAGAAAUCCUCUAAGUGUCAAUUUUUUUUUUUUUUUUUCCCACCUCAUAUGGCCUGCGAUGGAUUCCUCUGUUUUCACCAAUUUCCCACCUUGGCAGAAAUUUAAUGGCUUUUUGUCUAGAUUGCUUGCUCAAGAAAAGCUCAUUCGAAAAUGAUUUUACAGUUUUGUGAUCCUCUAGGGAGCUCUAACAACUGUUUAGCAACCUUCAAUUGCAUUUCUAAAUUCACUUUAAAAUACUUUUUAAAAGUUAUAAUUAUUUCAUCCAAGACAACUGCAUUCUUGAGAAUAAACUUCACUGCAGGAAGCUCAUACUCAUCUUCUCCAUCAUAAUUACAAACUUUAAUCCACUUGAGAUGGGACAAGAAACAUGGGUUCAAUAUCCAAUCAUCAUUUCCCCUAUCCGGCACCAGACUAACCCCUAAAUGAUCAUUGCAACAUAAAUAAUUUAUCGAUCAAGUUAAAUAAGCAAUAAGAUGAAACAUACACAAGAUAAUAAAUGAUGUAGUUCAAGUGAAAUUACCCCAGAAAAAUUAAGAGUCCUAAGACAAGGAGUUUUUUGCAAUAUCUUAAGACAAUUAAGACAAACAUCUUCAACGAUUAUCAAAUCCAUCAGGUUAUUGAACAUAGGCAUAUGAGGGAGGUGUCCUUCUGCAUCCGUCAGAACCUAAGCAUAGGAAAAGAAAUGCAUAAUAAUUAAAAUACUGGUUCAAGUCUUUGCCAAGCAAAAUAAAAAGAAAUUUCUGUUUCUUUUUUUAAAUGGGCAAAAGGAUUUUGUGUUUAAUAUCAAUAGUACACAGCCUAAGAAUAGGAAUAUAAACGACAUAUAGGAACUUUCAUCAUUCAAAAAAGAAAGCAUGAGAGUAGCACUUAUCCAAUGGUUUCCCAAAAGAUAUACAGAUACUAACCCCAUUUGGUUGUAUUACAAAAACAAGAAUUCUAAACAAGGCAAACCAAUGGUUAAAUCACCAAACUAAAACCUUCUUUGAAAUUGAACAGAAACCAAAAUCUACAACAUAAUAGUUAUUUGAAGCUCGCAAAGAAUUACAGGAACUUUUUUUGUGACAAGUGUCAAAACUUUAAAGGCAUUAAAACAUAGAAUGAUAACUUUCCUUUCUAUGACAUUAGCUUUACCCUUUCCAAUUUCACCACCAAAUCACUCCACAUUUAUGCAAGCAAUGCAAACGAGGGUUUAAUUUUUUCACCAAUAUGUUAAUAUUUAGAGUUAAUUUUGAAUUUACAAAGAGAAGGCAGGCAUACCCAAGUUGAGCGACCGCCAAGUGUUAGUUGUUCUACGUUGGAGAGCCCUACAAGAAGUUUAAGCAUGCGAAGAGCCCUUUGUUCUAAAAGGGUAUCCUCCCAUUUAGUAUCAAUCUCUUGCCUUUUCUAGUGAGAAUGAAUUAUAUAAGCAAUAUUCGGCAUUUAGAUAACCGUUGUAAUAAAAUUCCUUCAGGCUAUCUCCAACAACCCUUAUCUGACAAAAAUAACUAGAACUCCCAAAAUGCAUCUCUUUUUCAAAUAUGAUUUGUGAAUGUAGUUUGGGAGCAUAAAUACUCACAAACUUGAGAUCUUCCCAACUGCAAUUUCUUAAUUCUAGCUCCUCAAGAAUUGACAAACCAGAAAAAAGCUUCCAAGUCAAGUUCUCAUUCGAAAAUGUAACCCUUUGCUCAAAAUCUUUAGACUUGAGAAACAAAUUGUAGUGGGAAGCUUGAGGAUAUACAACAUAUCAAGGUGCAAGCUUGUUAGUGU